AGGUUUAUUGGCAGUGGAUACGACUUGCGAAAGGAAAAAAACUGUGUCAUCUUUUACUUUAAACUUACAGAAGUAUUCCUUCAUUAGUCCCAAGUUAUCUGUGACCACAUCUUUAUGUUUUAACAGAAUACCUUCUAAUUAAGAUUUCUGUUCUUCUGGCACUACAGGUGAUUCUCUUGCUAUCAAUUUAAUGCCAACUCCUCUUGAUUUAAUACUUCCCUUCUUUUUCUUGUUUAUUUUCAUCUGUUGCAAUAAUAUCAGUAAACACAACUAAAUGAAUAUGCUCCUCUGAUGAUGGGCCUUGCUUAGAUUUCAAUGGAUUACUUUGGAAAGCUAUGCUAGCUACCUUUUUACCUAUUUUCCACACAAAUAUUUUCUGGUUGAAAUCCAAUCGAUAAUAAUUAUCAAGUAACCAAUCUUAUCCUAACAGGAUCUAUGGCACUAGCAACAAUGUUUGAUGGAAGUUCCACUUUUUAAUCGUAACUGGUAGUCAUGUUUCUUUUUUAAUUUGCUUCCCUUUAUUACAGGGGGUUCCGGUAACACACACUCCCAUUACUGGUACUAGGAGGCAACAAUAUUUCUUCCUCAUUAGCGCUAGCCAUGGUGUAAGAUUAAUGAUAUUUUAUGCACAGAAUAUAGGUGAACAUCAACUUUAUUUCCAAAAAUGUCACUCACUACUAUUGGUUUACAAUGUUCUCCCUUAGCUGUUACUUUUCCUUCUUUAAACAACUACUCAAGAAUAGGUCUCAACCAUGUGAGGAUUACUGUCUUCUCUGAAUGAGGGCCUACUAUUCUAUUAUUAGUUUGGCAUGGAUCUUAGUGUCAAAUCUUUUUCCUGAACUUUAGGGUGAAUUUUACAGCAAUUCAUCCACAAAGCUUUAAUGUAGCAAAAAUUAUGUUUAUAUCUUUUUUAGUAAUAGGUCAAAUUUCGGACAACUUUUUCCAUAAUGAAUCAUAUUUCGACCAAAUUUUUUUCCAGAAAUCCAAAUGUUUGUCGUAUUUUUAAGUACACAAGAAUAUAAACACGAAAAUUUUACUCACAUGACAAUGUUUGAGGUAAUGUUGUCACAAUUAAACACAAUUACUACAAAGAUUUAUUUAUCGGGUUUAUAGUAGACAAGCAGUGUAACACAUUAUGUAGUCCGUUCACUGAUAUAAAGAUUGUUGCACAGAGUCUACAAAACAUUCUCGAAGCCAACAAGGGUGGCUUCUGGUGCAAUAAACAUAGCACAAGUAGUCGCCCCAUUCAGUUUGAAUACAAACUUAGUCCUAUUCGACGAAACCAGGGGAGAAAUUCUUCAGCAAUGACAAGGAAAUAUUAUUUUAUAAACUAUAUGAAGUUAAGGUUAAUGGGGGAAAUGGCUUUAACGUGUAAAAACACUGCAACACCUCCAAACACAGUAGCUGCACGAAGAUAAGUGCUGAGAAGGACAGCAGACGAACGCUGUUAUUUGAGUAGACAUGUCCAUCUUCAGAGGUGCAAGAACUUGUUUAAGAUGGUGGUGUCUUGCAAUGUCCUAUUGGAGAAGCUGAAGAAUCCCCGCUUCAGACAGUUCUUGAAGUACAAAAUAAAUCCAGUUCCAGAUGAAGCUACGCUGAGAAACGACUAUUUAUCUGUGUGCUACGAGGAAGUGCUCGACAAAAUACGAACUAAAGUUGUUGACCAAGAGAUUAGGGCGUCUAUCGGAAAUCACCAAUUUGGAUAGGGGUUAAAUUGUAAAUACUUUUGUUGGUGUCCUUAAAGUUGACGGACCUGGAGAAAUGUUUCUCCUAAGGGUGUGAAGCUCUCAGCAGAAUAAACAGCUCGACAACUGCCUUUGCGUUUGACAACUCAAUGAAGCUACUGUCACUGUUGGUGUGAAUAGAGACCAAUAAAUGGUGCUUCAUACAUGGCUGUAGCAGCCUACAGACUUCAGAGUCUCUAUCCCAGUGUGGCACACAUCACUUGCCUUGCACACGCAUUGUACAGAGCUGUAGAAGAGGUGAAAUUAAAUUGCACUGAUGUGAGCCAACCGAUCUCCUCUAGCAAGAAAAUCUAUGUGAAAGCUCCACUAAGAGUACAAAAAUUAAAGAACAGGGAGCUUCCCUCCAUUUCCCCCUCAGCUUGUACUUACACAAUGAGGUUCUUGGGUUAAUGUUGUUGAGUAUUACUGUAACUAUUACACCAAAACAAGACGAUCUUUUCUGAGCCUGAUAGUGAUUAAUAAAGUGCUAUCAGAACUGCCAAAGAGUUCUUUACAGAUACGUUGUCUCUAAACUUGACAUACAUCAACGCGCUGUGUCAUCCGAACAAGACACAGGUGCAAAGAUGCGAGCUGGUGCCAGUGCCAUAGAGACUCUCCACUUGCGCGAGUUCCACCUGCGCCACUGUCGGCCCUGAGCAUGGAGGUAAGAAUAGAGGGAGACGCCGUGAUGUCACAGCUGUGAAGUUAUGUGAAGCCGAGGGUAGCCAUCUCAAUCCGACCAAAACAUUGCUGCUGUAAACUUGUGUGCAUAGGCUUGUCGCUCACUUUUGGAAGGAUUUUGCGCUAUUAUGGUGACUUGUGUGGUGUUCGGAUGUACGAAUCUUUCUGAUUGUGAUGCGAAAUCGAAGGGAAUAACAUUUCAUGUAUUUCCUAAAAAUGAAAGUCGGAAAGCUCUGUGGGAGAAUGCCGUGAGGAGGAAGAAUUGGUGUGCGUCAAAAUGGAGCACUAUAUGUUCUCAGCAUUUCCGAGAAGAGGGCAUAGACCGAACUUCCGUUUCAACAGUAAGGCUCCGAGAAAAUGCUGUACCAUCAGUUUUCCCUACACACCCAAAACAUUUGCAAAAGUACAGAGUUGGAAGGGCACGAUAUAAUGAAAUCAAUUGCCUAUCAAUGUAUGUGUCAAGGUCUCACUGCAAUAUUGUGAAGAAAGACAAAGGAUUAUACAUAAUAGAUGGUGGGAUAAAUUGUGUUGUAAUGCGAGGUUUUAAUGAAGAUGAAGUGUGCAGUUUUGUGGAGUUAACAAAAGAGAAAAAUGUUGAUGUAAUAUUUAUCGAGUACAUGCCUUUCAGCGGCAACAAAUGGAAUGAUGGGAAGAUGGUCUCAUUUAGUGAAAUGGUCCAAAUAAUUAGAAAGCAGUGGCCUAAUUUUGAUCCUCUGCCCAAUGGGCCCAAUGAUACCUCAAAGGCAUACCAUGUCCUGGGCUUCAAGGGACGUGUGGGAUUUAUUACCUCAACGAGUGAACACUUCUGUGGCACGUGCAACCGUUUACAGAUAACAGCUGAUGGCAAUUUGGAGGUGUGUCUCUUUGGGUAUUCAGAGAUAUCUCUCAGAGAUGCAAUACGAAGCAAAUGCAGUGAGGAUGACUUGCUUGCCAUGAUUGGGGCAGCAGUGAGAAGAAAGAAGAAACAACAUGAAGGCAUGCUGAACCUGUCAAAGAUGAAGAAUCGGCCAAUGAUUCUUAUUGGAGGAUAACAGUGGCCCUGAACUUGAUGGCUGUAGUGAUGUCGUGAAGGCACAAAGUCGGAAGUUGUUAAACCUUCAGAAACAAGAUUUUCAAAAGUACUUCUUCUCAGAUACCAAUAUUUCGCCCCUGUUUGUGUCGGAUAC